CCACCGCUCGCCUCUUAUAAUCCACAACAAUCUUCUUCUACAACCACCUCUUCUUCCUCUACAACAUCAUCAUCACCAGCUGCCAACAUGUCCACUCAAGCUCCUCACCCGACUCUUCUCAUUCCCGGUCCCAUCGAGUUCGACGAUGCGGUCCUCAACUCCAUGGGCCACUAUGCUGAGUCCCACACAGCUCCCGGCUUCGUCAAGACUUUCGGAGAGACCUUGACCCUCGUUCGCAAACUUUUCCAGUCCUCCAACCCCGCCGCUCAGCCCUUCGUCGUUUCCGGCAGUGGUACCCUCGGCUGGGACAUGGUCGCCUCCAACCUGAUCGAGAGGGGUGAGAACGCGCUCGUCCUGCACACCGGUUACUUCGCCGACUCGUUCGCUGCUUGCUUGGAAACCUACGGCGCCAACGCCACCCAGCUCAAGGCCCCCAUCGGGGACCGCCCCUCGCUCGAGCAGAUCGAGCAGGCCCUCAAGGAGAAGACCUACAAGCUCCUCACCAUAACCCACGUCGACACCUCCACCGGUGUCCUCAGCGACGUCAAGGGUGUCACCGAGCUUGUCCGCCGCGUCAGCCCCGAGACCCUCGUCGUCGUUGACGGUGUCUGCUCCGUCGGCUGCGAGGAGAUCGCCUUCGAUGCCUGGGACAUCGAUGUCGUCCUGACGGCCAGCCAGAAGGCCAUCGGCUGCCCGCCUGGACUCAGCAUCGUCAUGACCUCGCCGCGCGCCGUCGACCGCUUCCGCAACCGCAAGACCCCUCCGGCCUCUUACUACGCCUCCAUGGCCAACUGGAUGCCCGUCAUGCAGAACUACGAGAACUUCAAGCCGUCGUACUUCGCUACUCCCUCCACCCAGCUCGUCCAUGCCCUGCACACCACCCUAACCCAGAUCACCUCGCGCCCGCUGUCGGAGCGCUUUGCCGCCCACACCCAGGCCUCGGAUAGCGUCAAGGCCGCUGUUGCCGAGCUAGGUCUGUCGCAGCUUGCUCCUAAGCCCGAGAACCAGGCCCACGGCAUGACUGCCAUCUACCUACCCGAGGGCCUCUUGCCCACCGAUGUGCUGCCCCUUCUGCUGAAGCGCGGAGUUAUCUUCGCGGCCGGUCUGCACAAGGAGAUUGCCACCAAGUACAUCCGUUUCGGCCACAUGGGUGUCAGUGUCACUGACCCCAACCGCAACCACAUUAAUUCGGCCAUUGCUUCUCUCAAGGAGGCUUUCUCUGAGGCUAAACAAGCCAAGGGUCUGUAAGCGUGCCAAAAA